GUGGGCAUACAAAAAUAUGUAUAUACGACAAAAAUGUGUCUCGUGGGAAAUGCGUGGAAACGCCAAAGAAGUGAGUGAGUGAGCAAAGCAAAGCAACCCAGAAAAAAAAAAAUGAGCUAUGAUGAUGGCUCAACUUCCUCCUAUACAACAACUGGUGAACCGAACAAAAAACCCAUCAAUAAUUCUUCUUCUUUUUCUUCAAAUCAAACAAAUAAUUUCCCCCCUUUCCCCCUUUUAUUCAUGGGUGAAUCUAGCAAUAAUCAUCACAAUUUUGACAAUUCCCCAAUUUCCAACUUAGUUCAAGACCACUUCUUUUCAAUCCUCCUCCUUUUACCCAUAAAUUCAAUCCUUUCUUUUGCUCAAACUUGCAAGAAAUUCAACUCUUUAGCAUCAUCUGAUGCUUUGUGGGAACCCAUUUGUAGGAGAGAUUGGGGUCCCACUUGUGUUGAUUCCCUUAAAUCUUCAUGUUUUGUUGCUAAUUAUGGUGAGGUUAAUUACAUGCCAUGGAUGAAGGUGUAUAAGCAGGUUGCUCAAUUGGGGUCUGUUUCUUGUCUGAAAUUGAGUGACCCAGUUGUUCAUACUUUGGUUCCUUGCCCUAGAGCUUCUCAUUCUCUCAAUUUUGUUUCAAAUUGCCUGGUUUUAUUUGGUGGUGGAUGUGAAGGAGGGCGUCAUCUUGAUGAUACAUGGAUAGCGUGUCUUGGUUACGAUCUGAAAACCAUAUUAAAAUGGCAGAAAGUGACUUCAGGUUUUCCUAGUGGACGUUUUGGGCAUACUUGUGUCGUAAGUGGUGAAUAUUUCAUACUAUUUGGAGGCAUCAAUGAUCAUGGUGUCCGUCUAAACGAUACCUGGGUUGGAAAUAUUGUUCAUAGUGAGACAAUUGGUAUUACAUUGUUUUGGAGGCUACUUGAUGUGGGCUCCACGGCACCUCUACCACCACCACGUGGGGCCCACGCCGGCUGCUGCAUGGAGAACCGGAGAAUGCUUAUUCACGGAGGGAUUGGACCAGAUGGUGUUAGAUUAGGAGAUUUGUGGAUCUUGGAAAUGUCAGAGAAUUUCAGUCAUGGAACUUGGCAUGAGAUUCUUACCAACUUAUCACCACCACCGCGUUCUGGACAUACUUUGACUUGUAUCAACCAUACACAAACGCUGCUAUUUGGGGGAAGAGGAUUGGGUUACGAUGUUUUAGAUGAUGUCUGGAUUUUCGAUGCCAGCUCAGAGGGUAAUCCACAUUGGGUACUCGUUCAAUUUGACUUAUCGAGCACACCUUGGGGAAGUAACCUUCCACGAGUUGGUCAUUCAGCUACACUCAUCCUAGGAGGGAAACUUCUUAUGUAUGGAGGUGAAAACUCUCAAAGGUGUAGAAAAAAUGACUUUUGGUUGUUUGAUGUGAAUGCCGUAAAAAAGCAGCCUUUUUCUUCUAGAAUGUGGAGAAAACUAAAAUCCCGUGGCUAUAAACCCAAGGCUCGGUCCUUUCACGCAGCAUGCUCUGACGAUUCAGGCCGUCUGGUGUACGUGUUUGGUGGAAUGGUGGAUGGAUUACUUCCACCGGCAGAACAAUCCGGUCUUGGAUUUGAUGGUGAUGUGUUUGCUGUUGAACUUUGCUUGAGUGGAUGAUGCUUAUGGCAUGUAGUUCACAGAGGUGUGUAAAUAUACAAUUCAAUGUCUUAUUAGAUGUAGUAUAGACAGGAUAACUCAAAGAAUCCUUUGAGUUGUAGAUAGUUGGGAUGCUUUUUUCAGUUUUGCGUGCAAAAUUGUUGGAUGACAUUUUUGUAAUUUGUUUGUUUUUUACUCACUUGAACACUGGUUAUUGGUUUAAUGAAAGUAUUUGUUGCUGGUA